AUGCCAGCUGGGUCCGGGACCUGGCGGCCGCGCUCGGAGGUCGAGCAGUCCAGCCGCCGCCUGUCUCAGACAGCAGAACGCUGGGGCUGUGGCGACUCGCUUCAGCGGCGGCAGCGCGCCCUUGCUGCCCAGCUGGACGCGGGCGCGGCCCCCGGCCCCAGUCAGCCGAAGGCCGAAGGCGGCGCGCCAAGAGACCAGCUCGACGAGCCCGAGGGCGACGAGGGGUACUUGGCCGGGCGCCGCGUGAAGCCCCAGACGCUCAGGCGGCACCAGGAAGCCAUGCAAGGCUUCACGGCAGCGUGCCCCCGAGCGGCCGGGCACGGGUGCGCGCUGGAGGAAUUCGACGCGAUGCUCGAGCAGUACCUCGCGAUCCAGUUCUUCUCGAUCGGUGCUCGCGCCCACGAGGCGCGCGACGUCUUGUGCGGGUGCGCGUGGAUGCGACGGGCGUCGGUCGCCAAGCUGCCAGCCGCCCUCAGCGCCGUGGAGGGCUUCCGCAAGGAGGGCCCAGGCUCGUCCCGCGACCCGUGCCCGUGGGAGGCCGUGGUCGCGAUCGCGGCCCACUUGAUGAUCCACGACAGCUCGCUGGGACCGUGGGCAGCGGCGGCGGUCCUCCUCGGCCUCGACACCUACGCGCGGAUCGGGGCGUUGCGCGCGGUCAAGGCGCACGACCUUCUCAAGCCCGCCCGCGGCGUGCAGCCAGCCAGGUGGGCCCCGGCGUUCUCUCCAGAGCCCGACGGCGAGGUGAGCAAGACCAAGACGCAGGACGACGCCGUGCUGGUCGGGGAGGCCGCGGCCGAGAGGCAGUGGCUGAACCGCCUGAUGGUGCCGCUGGUGCAGGGGCUGGCGCCGGAACAGCGGGCGCUCCCGUUCGGCGCGCACAAGCCCUGCGCCAGUUUCGAGACGGCGGCCGACGCGAUCGGCCUCGGCCAGUUCAAGUUCGUUCCACACAUGCUGCGUCAUGGAGGGCCGAGCCUCGACGCACUUCGCGGCGUCAGCCUUCCCGAGAUCCAGAAGAGAAGCCAGUGGGCUGCCCCGCGGAGCGCGCUGCGGUACAGCAAGCACGGCCGGUACAUGCGCAUCCUGCAGUCGCUGCCCAGGCACAUUCGGGACCAGCACACCGCAAAAGAGGAGCUGCUCAGAUCUCAGUUGUCAAGUGAGCUACGCUCUACACGUUGA